UCAUGAUCCAAAGCGCAACCAUAUAACAUAUGAGUUGAAAGAAAAGAACCCAAGAGACCCACCUUAUACAAACCCAAGAAAGAGAAGAACCCAAACAAUAUAAAAUAUAAGUUGAAAGAAAAGAACCCAAGAAACCCACCUUAUAAAAACCCAUGGGAAUGGUGGCUCUAGUGCCCAUAUGCCCCUUGAGCUUCUAAGCUUGCACAUCACGAGCCAAAAGUGGGUUCGAAGGGCUUGAGCUUCUUCUACGCUAGCGCACCACGAGCCAAAAGUGGGUCCGAAGACCUCGAGCUUCUCUUAGGAGCCAAGUGGGUUCGAAAAUGUCAGGGGUUUGGGUCUUCAAGAAUGGGGUGGCUCGCCUCGUCUCGAACCCAGCAGUCGAGUCCAUUGAUGGGUCCGAGCUUGCCUGCACCAAGAGGAGGGUCCUUGUCUAUACCCCAAGUGAUGAGGUCAUAACCUCAUAUGCCUUUUUGGAGAGCAAGCUCAGGGGCUUGGGGUGGGAGAGGUGGUAUGAGGACCCUGAUAAGAUUCAGUUUCAUAAGGCUUGCUCUUCUCACCUCAUUUCUUUGCCAAGGGAUUUUAGCAGGUUCAAGUCAGUGCAUAUGUUUGAUAUUGUGGUCAAGAACCGGAGCUCCUUUGAAGUGAGAGAAAGUUGAGGUGAAAUGGGGUUGGAUGAAUCUCUCUCUCUCUCCGUCUAAAGUCUAAACCACACACACUCUUUCAUCUUAGCACCAAUCUGCUUGAGUCUCUCUCUCUCUCUCGCUCGCUCUCUCUCUCUCUCUCUAUCUCUCUCUUUCUCUUAUCUAAGCUCCAAUCCAUCCAAAACUAGCUUGAUUGUCUCUCCCUGUGUCUGUCUCUCACACAUCUCAUUCUCUGUGCCAAUCCAUCCAAAACUAGCUCGCUUCUCUCUCUCUCUCUCUUCUCUCUCUCUCUCUCUCUCUCUCUCUCUCAUAUCUUAGCUCCAAAUCCAUCCAAAAGUGGUUUUCUUCUCUCUCUCUACAAUUUUAGCUCGCAGUUCAUCCUAACUGGCUGUGCACUCUGCAAAAGCUAGCUUGAUUCUGUGUCUCUCUCUCUCUAAACCAGCUUGAUUGCCUCUCUCUUUCUAAGCCAUUUCCCAAUUUUUAUGUAUCUAAUAUUAGCUUGACUCCAUCUUAAUGUGGCUCUUUCUCUGUCAAAACCAUCUUGAUUCUUUUCCUUUCUGUGAACCAGACCCUACCUCUUUUCGCACUCUAGAAUCGAUUCCACCCACUGAGGCACUAACUCUCGUCUCUCUCACUAAAAACACUGUUUCUACUCUCUCUCUCUCUCUCUCUCUCUCUCU